AUGACCAUCGUUUUUCUAGGUUCCAUUCCAUUCCUUCUCGGCCUUCGCUCUCUCUUCUCCUCAACCUUUUCUCGUGUUUCCCUCCUUGUUGCGCUUCUCGGGCUUCUCUUUCCUCUCAAUUCAUUGACAUUGUAUACUAAUCUCUCCCUCAGCAUCCUUUCAUUCUUCGCAUAUUCAUCAUUCAAGGUCUCAUUGGCCUCAUCAUUUAGUCAAGCGCCGUCUCUGUUCUUCAGACUUGGCAGACAACCAGUGUCGAGUCUCUGCGCAUCUCCACUCCGUGUUCACCUGCAUCUUCAAUCCUCAAGCCAGCAAUUUUCUACUCAGCGAAUCGCAAUCAUGAGCUCCUCAGAAGAUGAUACACCACUCGUCAGAGCAAAUGGUCGUUCCGCGGCUACCUCUACAGACGUAAAAAUGGAGGAUACGCCUGAGACUAACGGUCAUGUCGAGCCUGGCGUUUCUCUUCGCUUUGGGCCUGUCAAGAGUGCGGGAGAUAUUGAUAUGCAGGAUGCUACGGAUGCCAAUACCGGUGUUGCAGGCAAGAGGAAGGCGCGGACAAGUGUCGGCGAACGGAAAUCCUAUGCGGAGCCAGAGAGCAGCGAGGACGAAGAUCAGCCCUUGAGCAAGCGCCGUCGCACGUCCGUGAAGCACGAAGAUCCUGAGACCGACGAAGAUGUUCCCCUAGCUCUCAAUGGAAGAAAGCUUCCCAAGGCUUCCGAAACCGCUCUCGGUGCCGAGGAAUCUGACUCCGAUGUCCCAAUCGAGCGAAAGCUCGUAGCCCAGAAGAAGAAAAUUCAGCAGAAGGCAGAAAAGGACGCUAAGGCCAGCCGGAAGAGCGACGCAUCACAGGCUGCAAAGGCGACAGCUGCCAGCAAAAAGAAACAGGUUAAUGGUGUGAAGAGUGAACCUGUCGAUGAGAAGAAACCGGCAGUCAAGAAGACAACCAAACAAGCCAAUGCAGAGCCGGCAGCUUCUGCUAGGAACGGGAAAACGAAGGCGACACCUGUCAAGAAGGAAGAAAGCACUGAAGCUGAGGAAGGUGAAGAAGAAGAGGAAGAGUACAGAUGGUGGGAGGAUCCGACCAAAGGUGACGGGACAAUCAAGUGGACGACCCUCGAACACAACGGCGUUGUUUUCCCUCCUCCCUACGAACCUCUACCAAGCGAUGUUAAGAUGAAGUACGACGGUGUUCCGGUCACUCUUCACCCCGAAGCCGAAGAAGUGGCGGGCUUUUUCGGUAGCAUGCUGAAUGCGACUCAACAUGUGGAAAACCCAACCUUCCAGAAGAACUUCUUUAUGGAUUUCAAAGAGGUCUUGGAAAAGACAGGUGGAGCGAAGGAUCCAAAGGGCAACAAAAUCGAGAUCAAGGAGUUCUCUAAAUGUGAUUUCCGACCGAUCUUUGAUUACUACGACGCCAAACGAAUUGAGAAGAAGAAUCUUCCUCCGGCUGAGAAGAAGCGUCUUAAGGCUGAGAAAGAUGCUGCCGAAGCGCCAUAUAUGUACUGCCUCUGGGAUGGUCGCAAGCAGAAGGUCGGCAACUUCCGAGUUGAACCGCCGGCCCUGUUCCGUGGCCGUGGUGAACACCCAAAAACUGGUCGUGUGAAAGCACGAGUCCAGCCGGAGCAGAUCACCAUCAACAUCGGAAAAGAUGCCCCUGUUCCUCCGCCACCUGAAGGUCAUCGCUGGAAGGAAGUCAAGCACGAUCAAGAAGGAACAUGGCUUGCUAUGUGGCAGGAGAACAUCAACGGCAAUUACAAGUAUGUGAUGCUUGCUGCCAACUCUGACGUGAAGGGCCUGAGCGACUACAAAAAAUUUGAGAAGGCACGCGAACUCAAGAAGCACAUUGAUCGCAUUCGCAAGGAUUAUCAAAAGGCCUUGAAACACGAGCUGAUGGUUGAGCGGCAGAAGGCAACAGCUGUCUAUCUCAUUGACCAGUUUGCUCUUCGUGCAGGCAAUGAGAAGGGUGAGGACGAAGCUGAAACUGUCGGUUGCUGCUCUCUGAAAUAUGAGAACGUCACUCUCAAGCCUCCAAACAAAGUUAUCUUUGAUUUCCUGGGUAAGGAUAGUAUUCGAUUUUAUGACGAAGUCGAGGUCGAUCCCCAGGUUUUCAAGAAUUUGAAAAUUUUUAAGAAACCCCCCAAGAAGGAGGGAGAUGAGAUUUUCGAUAGAUUAACGACUUCUGCCCUGAACAAACACCUUUCGAAUUACAUGCCGGGCUUAACUGCCAAGGUGUUCCGUACGUACAACGCUUCGUACACUAUGGCCACGCUCCUUAAGGACAUGAAGGCAACGGGUAGUGUUGCAGAGAAGGUCAAGGCAUACAACGACGCAAACCGCAGAGUAGCCAUCCUCUGCAAUCACAAGCGAACUGUUACCGCAUCACAUGCCAACCAGAUGGAAAAGAUGAGCGAGCGUAUCAAGGGGCUCCGUUACCAGAGAUGGCGAUUGAAGCAACAGAUGCUUGACUUGGACCCUAGUCUGAAGAAGAAGAAGGGCGCCAAGUUCUUCGAGAUGGACGAAGACAUUAGUAUGGAAUGGGUGAAGGAACAUCAAGCCUUCCUACUCGAAGAACAGCGACAGAAGAUUAAGAAGAAGUUUGAGAAGGAGAAUGAGAAGCUUGCCGCCGAAGGGGAGAAGGAAAUGAAGGCCAGCGAGCUCGAACACCGCCUCGAGGCGGUCAAGGAAAUGGAGAAUAAAUUCAUGAGAGAAAAUAAGACAGGCAAAGUCGAAGUUGAGGGCAAGAGCCCCAGUGUCGAAAAGCUUGAAGCAGCAAUCACGAAGCUGGAACAGCGCAUUGAGACCAUGGAGCUCCAAGCUCAGGACAAGGAAGAUAACAAGGAAGUCGCUUUGGGAACUUCCAAAAUCAAUUACAUUGAUCCUCGUCUCACGGUCGUCUUCAGCAAGAAGUUCAAUGUGCCUAUCGAGAAGUUCUUCUCCAAGUCCUUGAGGGAGAAGUUCGAAUGGGCCAUUAAGUCAGUCGACGAAAAUUGGGAGUUUUAG